AUGGAUGAGGACCUAGCAUCUGAUCUGCACCACUUCCGAUCGAGAUACCCUUUCGACGACGAUGCAUACAACUACAUCGUGAAUUCCAGCAUUGAGGUUCAGCAUGAAGUCUUGCGUGACUUCAAGCCCCGUCAGGAGGGGGAGGAGGACUACUCCGCGCUGAUAAUGGGAUUUACCAAGAAGCGGCGGCAGUCUGUGAAAGAACGACAGCUGCACAGCUUUGCAGGGGCGCCCGACUAUCCGCCUUCCUUCGAACAGGAUGUGUCUCUGACUCAAGCAGAGCUGCAGGCCUUCAGGGACAGAUAUCCAUUUGAUGAGGACGCCCACAGGUACAUUGUCUCGUCACCGCCUCGUGUCCAAAGAGAGAUACUUCGCACAUUCAAGCCUCCGAGGGAGGGCGAAGAGGACUACUCUGCCUUGGUCAUUAGCUUCGCGAAGAGGUGUCGCAACGCCGCUCCUCCAUUGGACCUGUCGACCAGCCGCGGGCCAAGCGGACGAGAGUACGAAGCAUUUCGUGACCGGUACCCUUUCGACGAUGACACACACAAUUACUUGCAGAGCUCGCCCCCUGAAGUGCGAAGACAGGUGUUGCAGAGCUUUAAGCCUCCACGGGAAGGCGAGGCAGACUAUUCUGCGUUGCUGAUCAGUUUUUGCAAGAAGAUGCGCGAUCAGCGAGUGCCGCAAAUGGGCAGAGGCCUCCAGGUGCCCCGAAGUCUGUCAGCACCUGGCCACCAACCUCCUCGACAGCAGCCACCUUGGCACCAGCCACACCAACCACCUCCGCCACCUCCGCCACCUCGGUUCAGAGGAGCACAUGCCUUGCAUGCAGAUGGCUUCCCACGGUCCAGCGAUGACAGUGCCCUCCGAAUGUUCAGACAAAGAUACCCGAUGGACGACCGGGCUUUCGACUUUCUAAAGUCUGCUCAACCUUGGGUGCAGCAGGAAGUUCUGGAGAACUUUGCUCCCCAGCGUCUGGAUUCAGACUACUCCGCGUUGAUUAUAGCGUUUGCGAAGAAGUGCCGUGAGAGAGACCAAGCAGGUGGCUUGGACACAAAACGACCACGGCUAGCGUAUUGA